GGGUUAUAAUAUUCAUUUUCUCAUCCAAUUAUCUCUGUGUUGCAGGAAUUAAAGAGUCGAAGAGGAAGAAAGGAAUUGAAGACAUGGAGAAGGAAAAGAUUCAAGAAUUUGGAGAGAGCAAUUCGCCCUCAGAUUUGCUCAAAAAUGCCAAAUGUAAUCUCGUUACCGCCACCAGUGACGACAAUUUGAAGGAAAUCUUUCGUCAAAUCAAAGCCUCCAAAACCCCCACGGUUAUCAACUACGGUGCCUCAUGGUGUCGCGUUUGCAGUCGGAUCCUCCCUGCAUUCUGCCAAUUGAGCACCGAGUUUUCGAAGCUAUCUUUUGUGUAUGCUGAUAUCGAUGAAUGCCCGGAGACGACGCAGCACAUACGGUACACGCCCACGUUUCAUUUCUACAGAGACGGCGAAAGGGUUGACGAGAUGUUUGGGGCCGGAGAGGAGCGCCUGCACGAUCGCCUCUGGCUGCACUCCUGAGAAAGAUGUGUUGUGCAGUUUCUGUUAGUGCACUAUUUCUUCAUCCUUGUUUACAUUGUAUAAUUCAAUAUAUUAAGCAUUUCUUAAACAUCCCUGUUACAUUGCAUAAUUCAAUAUAUUAAGCAUUUCUUAAA